AUGGAUAAUAACAGUAAUACCCAUUCAAGUCGAGGUAGACCUGGUAUAAUUAUAAACCCUCCGACUGAAUCAAAUCUCAACAUACAACAUAUUCUGGAAGAAGAGCAGGCAUCUUAUGACGAAGAUUACGACCCAAAUAAGACAUACAUAUCUGAUUCACAGUACUGGCAGAGACAAUCCUUUUUGCAUAAUGAAGACGAUUUAGCUAGUGUAGAGAUACCCGAGUUGCACCAAAUUCAAGACAGAGCACCAGAUUCAUUACUGAUUCACUCAGACAAGCGAUCAUCGCGAAGUGGACGAGACAUACUUAAUGUGCUACAUUUGAGCAGACCAAGCUCACCUAGGACGCCUAAUUCAGCUACAUCAACACCAAGUCUAGGACAUGCAAUCGAAGAUGAAGAUUUGGAUGAGCUAAAGGAAGGAUUAAAUUAUGCAUUGGGUACUAAGGAAAAUGAAGCAAAUUGGUUCCCUGUAAAUAAGUUAUCCAAAUCAACAACACAACAGAGAGAAGAGACUUCAGGUGAUGAAAAUUCUAGUUUUGUGAAUUUCACAACUGAUAUUCCUUUGAAUGAUUUAUCCCCCUUCAUUUCCAACCCAAACACAAAUAAAAACAAAAGCGACACUUCGUCAAAAUACGUGGUAAAUUCUCCCUUUGAAACUAGGUCGAAUUUAGGUUUACCAGUUGACCCGGGGCUUUUGGAAACAGGCUCGUUGAUGUCACCCUAUCCCAAAGACGGGGGUGGUUCUUCCCCUAGAAUUGCUAAUGCAAUCUCAAGAAUAUCAGAUCGUAUUGCUGGUGCAGGGGGGAGUAGUAGACGAAACGAAGAAAAUACCGAAAGAUUGAGUGCAGUAGAGUCUCAAGCAAGUUUACCUUUACCCACACCAAUGAGUGAACAUUUUACGUUUUUUGAUGAGUCAAACAAGUCCACCAACAAAAGUGAUAAAACAUCUGUUGGUAAUACAUCUCUUAGAAAUGAAAGCGACACCAAUUUAGAUUCAAAUAUUGAGGGAUUGGGGUUGUAUCUACAGCAAACGAACAAACUGCAAAUAUCAAGCACAGGACAACACGAGUACUCACGUGAAGUCCCAGUAACAGACUAUCUCCGAUUACCUAAAAAACUGCAUCAGAACAACAGAACCAAUUUCCAAGAGUUUGACACUAUGUAUUUAUUUGGGAAGUCAUUGGGUAUAUUCACUCCCGAGUCUAAAGUUCGACAAUUUUGCUAUCAUGUGUGUGAGAACAAAUUCAUAAACACAUUCCUUUUGGUCAUUUUGAUUUUGCAAGUAUGCUUAUUGACUUAUAGACAAUGGAACCCUUUUGUGCUUAAUGGAUAUUUUAUCAAAGGAUAUAACUGGGCAGAUUAUUUGCUCAUGGUUAUAAAUGUCAUUUAUACAGCAGAAGUCAUAGGAAAAAUCAUAGCUUACGGAUUUUACGAUGAUCACAUAAUGUUUGAUGAAUUAGGGUUGCCAUAUCCCAAAAAUGAAAUUACCAAAGAAUAUUUUAGUAAGAAUUACAUUUCAAAAAUUUUGAAAUCUUUAGGCAUUUUCAAGUCCCGAGCGGAAAAGAAAAGACAAGAAAAGUUCAUAUCUCAGGAAAAUGAUAAAAGAAGCUCUAGCGAAGAUAGUGAGAUUAGAGAAAUUGACUUGAAUGAUAGUAGGCAGGAUUUAUUAGGUGAAUCAAAUCGAUCAUUUGGUUUGAAAGACAAAUAUCAUAUGGACCUGCACCAUCGGAAUUAUAUACCCCUCAGAUCCCAAGCAAAUGAUCCUGAGGAUUUAGAUAAAACUACUCCAGUGCCUAAACAGAUGUUAGAGGCCAAAAACACUUUUUUCAAACCAACACCCAAUACUUUUGAAAAACUAAAUUUGAAAAGAGCAUUUUUCAGAAGCAGUUGGCAAAGAGUAGACUUUAUAUCGAUGGUUUGUUUUUGGAUUUCAUUAUUUUUAUCAAUCAAUCACUAUGAUGCCGAUCACCACAUUAUGUUGUUUAGAGCACUCAGUUGUCUUCGUAUUUUGAGACUUUGUAACUUGACUACUGGUACUACCACCAUUUUGACUGCAUGUAAGAUAGCCAUUCCUCAGUUGAUUGAUGUUUCAAUUUUUAUUGCCUGCUUUUGGCUAUUUUUUGGUAUAAUAGGAGUACAAACGUUCAAAUCUUCAUUAACCAGACAUUGUGUGUGGACCAAUCCCGAUGAUCCAACCGACACAUUUGUGAAUUCUGAUCUGUAUUGUGGAUCUUAUAUUGGCCUUGAUGGAGCACCAACAGCGUAUUUAAUGAGGGAUGGCCUGUCGUCAAACGUUAUAAAAGGCUACCGAUGUCCCAUGUAUUCGCAAUGUGUAUCUGGGGAUAAUCCCUACAAUGGAACAUUAAACUUUGACAAUAUAUUGCAAUCGUUAGAAAUUGUGUUUGUUAUUAUGAGUGCAAAUACAUUUACUGAUAUUAUGUAUUACACUAUGGAUACAGACAAUAUGGCAGCCUGUUUAUUUUUCAUUGGAUGUAUAUUUGUAAUGACAGUUUGGUUAAUCAAUGUGUUUAUUGCUAUCAUAGUUGCGUCAUUCAAUAUCACUAGAAUGGAGGUUGCAGAAGAAAAGAAGAAGAAACGUGAAGGAAGACGUAUUUUUAAAAUAUUUGGAUACGCAGAUCAAGAUGUCCAAAUGCACGAAGAACGACUUGAGUUUUUGAAAAACCAAAAUGUGUUUUUAAAAUGGUAUUAUAACCUUGAAUUUUUUUUUGUGAUCUGUGUUAUUAUCGAUUUAUUUGUCCAAUGCUUCAGAAGGUCUGAUAUGUCUGAUCGUAGGGCACAUCUAUUGUAUCGAUUUGAAGCAUCUUUUACUGGUGUGUUUAUGGUUGAAGUUAUCUUGCGUUUUGCUUUUUACUUUCCAAAUUGGAGAUUAUUUUUCAGAGUGAAAAGAAACUGUUUUGAUUUGUUUUUGGCAGUAAUCACCACCAUAAUUAUUAUUGGACCAAUUAAAACUGCCCUCGGACAUGCAUAUUACUGGUUAACUGUUUUUCAAGUGAUGAGAGCCUAUAGAGUAGUAUUGUGGACUUCGAUUACAAGAAAUUUGUGGUUGAAAAUAAUGAGAAAUUUCAAAGCAAUUUUUGAUUUAGCAUUGUUUUACUUUAUCUUACUUUUUUUGGUUAGCAUAAUCUUGGCUAGAUAUUUUGAAGGAGUUGUCUCACAAGAUGAAGCCGGUGAUCUUGAUUUCCCUAUGACCACGUUGCCAGGAGUUUUCAUUGCUUUGUAUGUUAUCACGUCGACGGAAAACUGGACAGAGAUACUUUAUGGAAUGCAACAAUAUGCUACAACCACAUCAUCUCGAUCAUUUGGGUCAGUUUUCUUAAUUGGAUGGUUCAUGUUGUCUAAUAUGAUUAUCCUCAAUAUUUUCAUUGCCGUUAUCGCUAAAACAUUAGAGGUUUCUGAAGAAGGCAAGCGGAAACAGCAAUUAUUGCAAUUUAUUGACACCAUGACAAACAAACUACAAGAUAUUGAACAGGACUCAGGGUUGCUAUCCAAAAUCAAGAAAAAAUUAUUCAGAAGAAAACAAGUUAAAGAUGAACUAGAGGAAGCAGUUGUCAAUUUACUUUUGAGCGGUACUGCUGUGAAUGAUUUUUUGGAAAACGAUGCUCGCAACGAAAUCGAUGAUGAUGAUGAAGGAGAAGCAAUAAGAACUUUACCUACAUCGACAUGGAAACGAUGGUUAGGGGUGAAUUACUGGCGUACCCUCAAUUUAUUCAAAAACAACCCAUUUUAUGGAAAUAAGGCUGAGGGAAGGAAAGUAUCUUUGGAAAAUUUCAAUCCAGCAAAUUUUGCUCGAACUAUUGUUAAAGAAAGAAAGAAUAUUGUCAGCAAACAAAACGAGUUUUUAGAAGCCAAUCCACGAUAUAAUUAUGUGUUUUAUGUAAUUGGGCCACAUCAUCCACUUCGUAGAUUGUGUCAAAAAAUGGUGAAACCAAGUUAUGGAGAAAGAAUUGAUGGUGCUGUUCCUUACAAGCCUGUAGCAGAAGCUAUGGUUGUAUUAAUGUUCAUUGCAACAAUCACAUUAGUUGUAAUUGCAUGUUAUAUGACUCCUAUUUUCCGUAUGGAUCAUGCCGGUGAGCCCUGGGUAUUUUGGGCAGAAUUUGUAUUUGUGAUGAUAUUUACCAUUGAAUUUUCUAUCAAAGUAAUCGCUGAUGGCUUCAUCUUUACCCCGAAUGCUUAUACUCGAUCGUCUUGGAAUCUUAUUGAUUUUGUGGUGUUGCUUUCCUUGUGGAUAGAAACAAUUGCUUAUUUGAAAAAUGACGGGAAGUUGUCAAGAAUUGUCAGGGGGUUGAAAGCAUUGAGAGCAUUGAGAUUGUUAACGGUCAGUGAUACAGCAAAAGCCAAUUUCCAUAACACAAUGAUUGCUGGAUUUUGGAAAAUUAUUAAUGCUGCAGUUAUUUCCCUUUGUUUAUUGCUUCCAUUUUCAAUUUGGGGAUUGAAUAUCUUUAAUGGACGACUUGGAUAUUGCGUUGAUGGAGAGUCUGACAUGAGUUCUUGUUACAAUGAAUAUCAGAAUUCUGUGUUCAAUUGGCAAAUUGUUAGCCCAAACGUGUAUACCAAUCCUCAAUUGGAAUUCAACCGAUUUGCAUCUUCAUUUGCUACUUUGUUUGAAAUUGUUUCAUUAGAAGGUUGGGUCGACUUAUUAAACAAUGUCAUGGCUAGUACAGGGGUCGGUACCCCUAAGGAAACCAAUGCGACUCCAUUCAAUGGAUUUUUUGUGGUUCUUUUCAAUUUUGUCAGUAUUAUCUUUAUUUUGACGUUGUUUGUAUCUGUGAUCAUUAGUAAUUACUCGAGAUCAACUGGAAGGGCUUAUAUGACAACUGAUCAGAUAUCUUGGUAUCGAGUUAAGAAGAUAUUGGUGCAAGUUAAACCUUCGAAAAGAAAGAAUAUUGACAAUCUUCAUGUCAUAAGAAGAUUUUGUUACAGAAUGACCGUGGAAAGAAAUCCUGUUUGGACAAGAACUUUGAAUUGUGUUUUGGUUUUUCAUGUCAUAGCAUUAUUGUUAGAAUGUUUCCCGUCAUAUGAUAGUUUGAAUCAAUUUAGAACUCUGAUUUACAUGAUUGCAUCCAGUAUGUUUUUCGUAAAUUCAAUUAUGCUUUUCACGGGACAAGGAUUUUCUACAUUUAUGCAAUACAAGUGGAAUAUUUUUAAUUUGGUGGUAUCUUUAGGUGCCUUUGGAACUACUACAGGGUCGUACUUUUUGGACCCCAAUUCCCCCUUGAUAAAUAUUAACAAGUUAUUCUUGGUUGCUAUUUUAGUGUUUGUGAUUCCUCGUAGUAACAGAUUGAGUCAACUUUUGCGAUUUGCUUCUGCGUCCUUGCCAUCUUUGAUUUCCUUGGUAUUUACAUGGAUUAUUGUAUUUUUGGUUUUCGCAAUUGCCAUGAAUCAAAUUUUUGGAAUGACAAGACUAGGUCCUAAUACUACUGGAAAUAUUAAUUUAAGAUCAGUCCCCAAGGCAUUGAUUGUUUUAUUUAGAUGCAGUUUUGGAGAAGGAUGGAAUUAUAUUAUGGAAGAUUUUGCAUUAGCUCAACCAUUUUGCACCAGUGAAAAUAAUCUUGAUAACAGUGAUUGUGGCAAUAAACAAUAUGCUUAUAUUCUUUUCAUUGCCUGGAACAUAAUAUCAAUGUACAUAUUUUUGAAUAUGUUUAUUUCAUUGAUUUUAGAUAGUUUUGAUUAUAUUGGACAUAAAGAAAGCUAUAACCAAUUGAUUCAAAGAGAAGAAAUCCGGAAAUUUAAAAGAACUUGGCAAAAAUUUGAUCCUCAAGGGACCGGUUACAUUAAACCAAUUGAAUUACCCAAAUUGUUACAUUCACUUGAAGGUGCCUUAUCGUUCCAUUUUUAUACUGGGCUGUUAACAAUUCCGGAAUUGUGCAAAAAAUGGAUUAUUAGAAAUAAUCCCAAUGAUCCAUAUGAUGUGACCAUUAAUUAUGAAGCCAUUGAACAUACAAUGGAACAAAUGGAUAUCCCCAAGAUUAGAGAAAGACGGAAAGCUUAUGAAAUGUUUAUUGAAGAGGCAUUGUUAUGUAUGGAGUUGAAUAAUGAUCCUGGUAUAUCCUUUACGAGAAUUUUAUUGCAAUUGCCAUUAUACACAUCGUUUGAUACAAGUAAUUGUUUUAAUUUAAUUGAUUAUUUGGAUAGAAGGUUAUUGAUACAGAAAGUUAUGAAACGUUUACAUACCAAGCGAGUCUAUGAAACUAUUGCUACUUAUGUUUGUCGUUGGAAGUUUAAAAAGGACAAUCGAUUAGGUAUUAAAGAUACAAACCUUGCCUUUGAUAAAAGAUUGGCCAGAAACAGUUAUUUGCGGAAUGAUCAAUUAUUGAUUAAUAAGAAUCCUCCAACGAUAUUUGUCACUGAUGAAGCUGGCAAAAGAAAUCUGAGUGAUAUAAAUGUCCGUGAUUCCUCUUCAGUAGGUACCGAAAGGAAUUCGGUGAUUUAUGGAGAUCAUAGUAUUUCAAGUGGAGUAUACUAUCCUAGCACACCAGUGGCUAAGCUUAAUCAUUCUCAACAUGUGAAACCUUCUCAUCCAAAGUUGUUUAUUGAAAUUCCAUCACAAAAUCCUCAAAGAGAAUUUAUAACUACUGAAGAUGAAGUAAAAGUGUCGCCAUUUAUGGAUCCUGAAGAAGUUAAUGAAUAUGAAAGCAAAAAUAGUGGUUCAUUGGUUGAUGUUGGUAGUAUUGAAGAGAUUCUUGAACUGUCAUCUUGGAAAAAUGCCUUUGAUGAUUUAAAAUCUGAUGAAAAAAGGAAGAAAUAG